AUGUCGGGACGUGGAAAGCAAGGUGGUAAGGCUCGUGCUAAGGCUAAGACCCGUUCUUCUCGGGCUGGGCUUCAGUUCCCCGUGGGCCGAGUGCACCGCCUGCUCCGAAAGGGCAACUACGCCGAGCGGGUCGGGGCCGGCGCGCCCGUGUACCUGGCGGCGGUGCUGGAGUACCUGACGGCCGAGAUCCUGGAGCUGGCGGGCAACGCGGCCCGCGACAACAAGAAGACGCGCAUCAUCCCGCGUCACCUGCAGCUGGCCAUCCGCAACGACGAGGAGCUUAACAAGCUGCUGGGCAAAGUCACUAUCGCUCAGGGCGGCGUCCUGCCCAACAUCCAGGCCGUGCUGCUGCCUAAGAAGACCGAGAGCCACCACAAGGCCAAGGGCAAGUAAACUGCAGUAUUCAAAUUCUUGAUCUUUGAGGAAUCAGUCUUAACCAAAGGCUCUUUUCAGAGCCACCCACGUAUUCGUUAAAAGGGCUUACAUUUUCGUUAUUUAAGCAGGUUGUCGAAAAUGAUUUUCAACACAUUUUGUCAACUUAGAAGAUGUAUUUACACUCUUAGGAAAUGCAAACUAAUCAUACAGUUUAAAGUAAUCAAAAAAGUACUCUUUAGCUAAGUAAAAAUGAUAUAGAGAGACUUUGUGUCACAAGUAAUUAAGUCGAUCAAUGCAGCAAGCCCUCAGUUGUUAACCCUCAGGAAAAGAUAAUGGUAGCAUAAUACUUGGUAAAUGUUGAAAGUUUAGGUGCAAAUCUAGUUAGUGAUCUACAAGAUCAUUUAAACCACUCCUUUAGUACUAUCUCAUGUUGAAAGGAAUUGUUUUGCAUCCUAAUGGGACAAGUUGAUCUGUAAUUCAUACUUAUGUUUUUAAUAGCCAAUCUCAACUCUACUGAGCUGGGCCCUAAUCAAUUGUAAAUAGGAAUACAAUACUGCAUAGCCUGGAGCUAGAAUUUGUUUAGGCAGAGCUUAACAAAGGUUUCAGCAUGACUUUAAGGGACAUACAGUAACACUUGUGUACCAUUUACAAGUUUGAGUUUUUCUUAACACCAUUUUACACGAAGGUCAGUUGAAAUUGUGAAACGUAGUGGGGUGCUUUUAUGUGAGAAUGUUAUAGUGAAAAGUAAACAUUUGUUAAUAUAGUUAUAAUAGCAAACAUGAAAUUAAUUCAGAGUUAAUGGUUUUAGUGCAUUCCGAAAAUCUCAAAGAAUUGAGGCCUGCCCAGGUCCCAACCUG